AUGUAGGACGAUGAGAUUAAAUUAAUCAAAAUGAUCAAUGACCCAGAAAAAUUAGACGAAAUAUCAUUUACUGAGUUGGUUUAAAAGUUGUGCACCAGGAGAUCCGCUUAAUUUGAAUAUGAUGGAUUGACUUAUUGUUAACUUUCUGGAGAGAUUAUUGGAGAAAAAAGCACGAUUAAGUUAAUGAUAUAGCCAGAACAUUUUAUAGUAGUCUUAAAAGAUAAGUUAAAGGAAUUGAUUAAAAAAUUCUGCUUUAUUAAUGGUGCAUUUGAAUAAUCCUUUUCUAAGAUCUACAAAAUUAAUAUUUUGUAACAUUUCAAUAGUCCUCAAGAUUUCAAAGAUUACGAUAUUUAAUAAUUGGAAAUCACUGAUAGUAUCUUAUAACAGGUGUACAGCCAAGAAGAAUAUUAAUAAAUUCUCAAAAAUAUUAUGAUAUAGACUCAAUAAAUAUAUUAGGAUCCUUAGAUGGAAAAUAAUGUUACUUUCGAAUGUCCAAUAACAAAAUAAACUUAUAUAACAUGCUUAGAGAGCAUUAAUCUUUAAGGUCAACCUUAUAGUCUUUAAGGAGCUCUUGAUUUUUUAAACAAUCAUAGAGACAAGCUAUUUUCUCAUUAGAUUGAGUAUCUAGAAAAAAUACAGAAGCUAGAAAAUGAAAAGAGGAAUUAGCAGGAAAAUCAAUUUGAAUAAAUUAUUUUCUAGUGUCCAAAAACUAAAAAGAAUUAUUACACUUGUAUUGAAGGGAUUAAAUUGAAAUAAAAUAUGUAUAGCGUUGAAGGGUUAUUAGAAUCUUAAGAUAAAUCUGAUGAAUUGAUAAAUUCAGAUGAAUAUAAGAAUGCGGUCGUAUAUUUAAAUAAAAUUAAGAAAGUCCAAAAAUAAUGAGGAUGCACUAUUGAUAACUUGGUUUAUCAUCAUGAUUUAUAGUUUUUGUUAUAGAUCAUUGACUAGAAAUAAAAAAUU